AUGGGCCAGCUCAUGUUCCGGAUCCUGUCCAAGCCUCCGGUCGUGAUCGGGCUCGAGAACCUGCCUUCGGACGGGGAGAAGGGCAUGGUGUACGUGUCGAACCACCAGACCUCGGUCGACAUUGCCCUCUUCUACUACAUCGGAGCGGAGCGCAAGUUCUCGUGGGUGAGCAAGAGCACGGUGUUCCUCAUCCCCGGGGUAGGGCUGCUCAUGAAGAUCGCGGGAUACGUCGCCCUGACCCGCGGCAACCGGGACAGCGUCAAGAAGAUGUUCGACGACUGCAAGGAGCGACUCGCGGCCGGCUGGUCGGUCAUGAUCUUCCCCCAGGGCACCCGGAGGCGGCUGAAGGUGCUGGACUUCAAGGACGGGGCGUUCCAGCUCGCCAUCGACAGCAACAGCGUCGUGGUGCCGUUCACGCUUGAUCUGCCGGAGAACUUGUUCCACGGCCCCAGGCAACGCACCAAGAUCACCGUGCACGAGCCGAUCCGCCCGGGGGACCCCGCGUUCAAGGACGUGGCGACGUUGCGCAAACACUGCUUCGACACCGUCAUGAGGAAGCAAAAGGAGGCGGCUGCGGCGGCGGCGAUGGCAGGCGAAGGGGCGGGCAGCACACCGGUCAUCGAGAGCAAGAAGACCAAGUGA